AUGUCUUCUCUACCCAUCGACAAAGCUCCUCUGACAACAGAACCCGAGGAAAAUCCUAUAAAAUCAGAGAAUCCGGCUGGAUCUGAGCCUGCAUGCCAGACACAUCGCCUUCCUAGUGCCGACGAAAUCCGCCUGGCGCAAGAGCGCGUAGCAUUUGAGAACCGCGAAGCCCGCCAACCUUUCACCAAGGCCAGAAUUCUCCAGAUCCUGAAAGGCUGGCGGCUGUGGGGUCUAGUCGGGUUUGCGUUUUUUUUUCUCUCGCCGGCAGACGGUGCAUCCUCGAACAGCGGCUUUCCAAUCUGGCUUAAGGCGGAGGGAUACUUGGUCGAGAGCAUCAAUACGAUUACGACAGUCUUGCCGGCGGUCACCAUUGUGGCGUCUGUGAUAUGUGGAGUUAUAUCUGAUGUGUACGAUGCGAAGGCUAGCUUGAUUGCUACCACUACUGUGUUGAAUAUCUUUGCUUGCAUUGUGCUAGCUAUCUGUAAUGUCCCUGCUGGACUGGAGUUGUUUGCGUUCUUCCUGUCUGACACCGUGAAUGGCAUUGCGGCUAUUAUUUGUGCCUGGGCAAAUGAGAUUUGUGCCCAUAGUGCUGAGGAGCGUGCUCUUGUCAUUAGUGCUAUGAAUACUAUUGGUGAUACCUUUCGGGGCUUGAAUUCCGCUUUUGCGAGUGUUGGUGCAGCCUGA